CCAGGUGGUCUUUCUAAAGGAGGAAGUAACCCAGCUGAAUAAAGCUCUUGCAGAACUUAAAGAAGAGAAGGAUGAGAAGAUUGCAGAUAUGGAGAAGGAGAUCAAAGAGAAGAAUAAAGAGAUCACGUUCCUGAAGAGAAGUGGCUGUGAGGAGACCAAAAAGGAGAUAUCUGACCUGCAGAAGGAGCUAAAGGUGAAAGAACGAGAGCUGGAACAGGUGAAGAGGGAGAACGCUGUACAGAUCAGAGAACUGCAGCGGCAGCUGGACGAGAAGAAGCACAAACUGGAGGAGAGCAGAGCUGAGCUGAAGACCCUCGACGAGGAGAACGCCAGUCUGAUUGAACAGUUGGGUAAUCUGACUGAAGAGUUGAAUAAAGGAGAUAAGGAUAAAGGAGUUGAGCUUCGUGAGGCUCAGAAGCGAAUCUCUGAUUUGGAAAAGCAGCUGAAGAAGAAGGAGAAGGAAGUUUCUGAGCUGGAGAACACAAACUCAGAACUUGUGGAGCAGCUGAAGCAGAGCCAGAAGGAAGUUUCAGAGUUGAACCACGAUAACACAGAUCUUGAAGAGCAGCUGAAGAAAAAGCAGAAGGAGCUUUCAGACCUGAAGAACAAUAACGCGGAGCUUAAAGAUCAGCUGAAGAAACAGCAGAAGGAUCUUUCCACUCUGAAGAACAAUAAUGCAGAACUUGAAGCGCAGCUGAAUCAGAAGGAGAAGGAAAUUUCAGACCUGAAGAACAAUAAAGAAGGUGCGACUGAGGAGAACCAGCGUCUGCAAGAAGAAGUGAAGAGACUGACAGCUCAAGUCCAGGCAACAAAGAAACUUGAGGAGCAGCUGAGGAAGAAGGAGAAGGAACUUUCGGACCAGAAGAACAAUAAUGCAGAACUUGAAGCGCAGCUGAAUCAGAAGGAGAAGGAAAUUUCAGACCUGAGGAACAAUAAAGAAGGUGCGACUGAGGAGAACCAGCGUCUGCAAGAAGAAGUGAAGAGACUGACAGCUCAAGUCCAGACAACAAAGAAAUUUGAGGAGCAGCUGAGGCAGAAGGAGAAGGAACUUUUGGACCAGAAGAACAAUAACGCAGAAUUUGAAAAGCAGCUGGAGCAGAAGGAGAAGGAAGUUUCAGACCUGAAGAAGAAGAACACAGUUGUGAUCGGUGAGAAUGAGCGUCUGCGUGAUCUCGUGACGGGACUGAACGAGCGAGUUAAUAAUGCAGACAAACUGGAGGAGCAGCUGAAGCUGAAGGAGAAGGAACUUUCAGAUCAGAAGAAGAAGAAUGCAGAUGUGAUUGAGGAGAGUGAGCGUCUGAGAGGAGAUGUGAGGAGACUGAACACCAGAGUCAAGGCCCUGGAGAAAAUUGAAGAGGAGCUGAAGCAAAAGGACAAGGAAAUUUCAACCCUGAAGAAAAAUAACAAAGAGCUGAUUAAUGAGAACAACGGUCUGCAAGAAAAUGUGAAGACCUUGAAUGAGCAAAUAGAGAAGCUGGAGAAAAAGAAGCCGGUAAACACAGUGGCGCCUCCUGUAUUCACCCUCACAUCUCUGGAGUUUGACCUCAAGACGGCUCAUAAGAGACUUGAGAUCUCUGGCGACAAACGUUCGAUGCGAGCAGUUGAUUACACCAUCACUCGAGCUGAUAACCCGGGACGUUACGACACGGCAUUCGCUGCUCUCACUUCUUUGGGCUUCAGCUGGGGAAAGCCGGACUGGAGGAUAAAGGUGAACGACCACCCCUGCUAUGUGGUGGGUGUGGCCUCUGAAGCGGCCCCCAGGAAAGGAGAGAUCGGUUACAGGCCCAGUAACGGCUACUGGACCAUAUUCAACAAUAAUGGACGGUACUACAUACAAAGAGACGCCUGCUCUGCUCCAUCUUGACAGCCAACUCAACAUCAUUAACAUCGUACUGGACAUCUUUAAUGGGGAGGUGACCUUCUACAACAACGAGACCAAUGAACUCAUCGGCUCCUUUACAGGGAACAAGUUUCAGCAGAAGCUCUACCCAUUUGUUGCCAGCUGUGGUAAAGAGAGUUACAAGAACUGGCCCAUAGAGCUGAUGGAUACUAAUUUGUCACUGUGGCUUAAUAACUAACCAACACAUACACACACACACACACACACACACACACACACACACACACAUGCAUAUGCUAUAUACUUUUUUUUAAUAAUUGCAUCCUUGUAACAUUUCACAUCAUUUCAUAAAAUAAAAUAAAAAGUUUAAAGCUUU